AUGAACACAGAACAGUUGAUCUCAGAGGCACAACAGUGCUUGAACAAUGACCAACACGAAGAGGCGGUCGCCAAGCUUACCUCUGCUGCAAGAUCUGAUCCUAAUGACCAGCAGGUCUCUACCAUCGAAUCUUUGAUCAAGCAGGUCGCUCAUUAUGUCGUAAAUAAUGGUAAUCAACAAUCUCAGGAUCGUGGUAUGGGAGAUGUUUUGAUGAAUACAAUGACAUCAAGUAGUAAUGGAUCUUCUCAGACUCAAUUGGGUAAAUUGGCUUUGUUAGCUACCAUUAUGUCAUCAUCUGGUGGAAAUAAAAACAAUAGUGCUAACGGGGCUGGAGGGUUUAACUUAGGUUCUGUCAUGUCGUUGUUUGGUUCCAGUGGAAAUACUGGUGGCAAUAAUAAUCCAACAACUAUGUCAAGUUCUAAUUUGGCAUCUCUGGCAUCUCAUUUCUUUAAUCAAAGUCAAAAUCAAGGGAGUCAACAACAACAAAGUUAUAGUCAAGGCGGGUAUAAUGGUCAGACUCAGGGUCAACAUCAAGGUCAACAUCAAGGUCAGGGCACUUUUGGCAUGCUAGCUUCGAUGGCUUCCUCGUAUAUGGCAUCUGGACACAACACCAAUCAACAGCCACAACAAUAUCAUCAACAAAUGCACCAAAAUCAGAACUAUAAUGAAAUGCAAUAUAAUACCCAAGGUGAGAAUCAGUACUCAAACCAAAGCUACAACCAAAACUAUAAUCAGGGCCAUAAUCAAAAUUAUCAUCAAAAUCAAAAUCAAAACUAUGACCAAAACUAUAGUCAAAACCAAAAUCAAAAUGGUAAUGGUUCCGGGAAUAGUGCCCUCUCAGGUUUAAUGUCGAUGGCAACUACAUACUUGAUGAGCUCUGAACAAAGGCCACCACAAGGAAAUCAACAACAUAACAAUAACAACAAUGGUAAUGUAUAUGCUCAAUCGAACAACAGUCAAGGCUAUUAUCAAAACCAAGGUAACCAAAAUGACACUUUCAACUUUUCUGGUAACUUUGCUCCUGGAAAUGAUAACAAUGGUAAUAGGCCAUAUUAA